AGGCCGCCCGAGUAGAAGUUGAAUGGUGAAAAAGGAGGUCAGUCAAACACAGAGCCCCGCCUUCUAAGAUUGGCGCGUAACCUAGCAACACAGGAGCCGCGGAGAUGGUGAACCGUGGGCAGAGAAACUUGCUUGCAGUUUGAGGUGCCGCAGGGUUGCUGGAGAUUGUGAAAGCCCGGAGAGCCUUGAGUUGGCCAACGUCUCAGUACCAGAGUAUAACCAGAGGCAAAGCCAGCUGCUCCAGAGAUGACCUUAGAGGUCUUCAGCAUGGCCCCUUCCUACCACGGGCUGGCUAUCCAAAGAAUCCCACUGAGGACGGACCUAAUCCCGGCUGUGCCGAUGAAGACCUUGGUCCCAUCCAAAUCCAAGCUCAGCACCAUCGAGGCCAAGAGAAUCAUGUCAGUCCUGGAUGAAGGCAUACAAAAGGUGGGCCUGGUGACCCUGAUGUCCUACGUGGAGUCUCACCCAGAGGCUCUGGAGGGAAUGUUCCCUGAAGACUUGGUGAGAGCCGUGAGAGAACACUUGGACCUUGGCCAGCCCCUGCUGGAGGGUGCCAGCAUCCUGCAGGAGAAACAAAAAUGUCUGGAAGAAGAAGUGGAGGAAGCUGAGGAAGGCUGGUACCGAGACCGCCUACUGUCCAUAGACCUAUGCAGGGCCAGCCUGUGGCCGCUGGCACACCAGUUCCGAGACUCCACCAAGACUAUCCUGAGGCUCCUGAUCAGUGACUCCCAGGUCAUCACCCUAGUGCAGAUGCAGGUGCCAGGCAGAAGCCCAGGGGCCCAGCGCCUCCUCCACAGCCUGGUGGAGCUGCGGGGCUUCCUCUUUGAAAAGCUAAUCACCAGCCCAAUGGAAGUGAAGGAGAAGAACCAGUUCCUACAGGACAUCAACCGGAGGAAUGAAAGGAACCAAGAAGUCAUCGACGGCCUCCAGGCUGAACUGGCAGAGGUGCUGAAGAAUAAGGAGGCAGAGGUGGAGAAGGAGAACUUUGUGAUCCAAGAACUGAAGAACCACCUGCACCAGGUGUUCAAGUUCUCGGAGAACAGCCUCCUCCGCACCAAGCAGGAGGCGGAGAAACAGCAGAAGAUGGAUUACCGGGCCUCGCAGGCCAGGCUGGCCAAGAUACAGCAAGAGAUCCUGGCACUGCGCUCACAGUACCACAAUCUGGUCAUGGAGAAUCGGGAGGUGGAGCAGGCUCUGAGGAAGAAAAAAUAUAAAGUGGAGACAGAAAUUGAGAACUGGAUCCAGAAAUACGACAUGGAGAUGAGUGAGAAGCAGGAUGAAUACGAGGACCUGGAGAGCAUCCACAAGGAGGAGAAGCUGCAGCUGGAGGAGCUGAAGGAGAGGCAUGCGGUGCUGGUGGAGGAGUUCGCCCAGAUCCGCGCCGAGAGUGAGAUCAACUCUAAGAAACGGGUGGAGGCGGAGCGCGAGAUGGUGCGCAUGGUGAAGGCCGCCACGCUCAUCCAGGCGGUGUGGAAGGGAUACCUGGUGCGCUCCAUGCUCAGGUCCAAGAGGAAGAAGAAGGGCAAGGGCAAGGGCAAGGGCAAAGACAAGGGGAAGGGCAAGGAGAAGGAGAAAGGGAAGGAGAAGGGGAGGGAGAAGGCGGCCAAGGGCAAGGGCAAAGGCAAGAAGUGACCACCGCCGCCUGGCCCCGCCCACGCCCAGCCUCAACCACGCCCCUACCCUGCCCCAGCCCUUCCAUCCCUAGCUUUAAUGGGCUAAAAUAAAAACAAAACAACCCCCCCCCCCAAAAAAGCAAACAGAACAUUUAAAUCAUACUCAAGGGCUCACCCUUCAACAGACAUGUCUCUCCCGGGAUGAGACUGUGUUGCUCAUGGGCACAGCAUCCUGAGGAGGGUGCAAGCUUUGGGUCCCCAUCCUCCCACAUCUUCAUUGAGAAAUGAGGCCCUGGUCCAAGCCCAGGAGCGACUGUGGAGGCCAUGGAGAGAUCAUCACCAGGUAGCCCUGGCUUGCCCUGGGACUGUCCAUUCACCCAGGGCUCUGCCCCAACGCUAUGAACUGUCAGGAAGGCAGCAGCCGUGUUGGUUUGGCAUUUAGAUUGUUUGCACGGUUUUAAAAAGCAUUAGUUGCUAAAAUUUCAGAAAUUGAGGACUAUUCUAUAGAAACCUAACAGCCCUUUCUGUAUGGAUCACAUCACCCUGAUAUCCCAGCAUCCUGGCCUUGUAUCUUCCAUGGUGCAGCAGCAGCCACCCUGCAACUUUAUUUUUUUUUGUUUUUCGAGACAGGGUUUCUCUGUGUAGAUUUGGUGCCUGUCUUGGAUCUCACUCUGUAGACCAGGCUGGCCUCGAACUCACAGAGAUCCGCCUGGCUCUACCUCCCAAGUGCUGGGAUUAAAGGUGUGCGCCACCACUGCCCAGUGCAACUUUAUUUUGAGACACAGUAUUCCUAUGUAGCCCAGGCUGGCCUAGAAUUUAUGGUGAUCCUCCUGCCUCUGAUUUCUAAAUGCUGAAAUUACAGGCAUAGGCCAUCUCUUCUGGCUGACUCUUCCAGUUUAUAAAACAAAGGAUGGCCAAGGUGUGGGGAGUGCACACCUUGCCUUUAAUUCCACCACUCGGGAGGCUAAGACAGAAGGAUCCCUGAGUUCGAGGCUAGCCUGGUCUACCAAGUGAGUUCCAGAAUAACCAGAGAUACCUGGGGAAACCCUGUCUCACAAAAAACCAGAACAACAACAAUAACAAAAAGGUUAUUUAUGUGGGUGUGCCUAUGGAGUCCAGAGCUGGGUGCAUAAUUCAUUGGAACUAGAGUUACAGAUUGGUGUGAGCCACUUGAAGAGGGUGCAGAGAUCUGAACUCAGGGCCUCUGACAGAGCAGUUAAGUUCUCUUAACCCAUGAGCCACCCCUUCAGUCCCCACUUUUUUUUUUCUUUGUUUUUUUGAGACAGGGUUUCUCUGUGUAUUCCUGGCUGUCCUAGAACUCGCUCUGUAGACCAGACUGGUCUCAAACUCACAGAGAUCUGCCUACCUCUGCCUCCCGAGUGCUGGGAUUAAAGGCAUGCACGACCACAA